AUGGCUGCUGCAAACUAUCAUCGGCCUGAGGAUCAGUUUCUCUGCUCCAUCUGUCUGGAUGUAUUCAAUGAUCCUGUUAGCACAUCAUGUGGACACAACUUCUGCAAAACGUGCAUCACUGAACACUGGAAUACCAGCGACCAGUACAGGUGUCCAAUUUGUAUGGAAGCUUUCACUAAAAGACCUGAGCUGAGGAUCAACACUUUGCUCUCUGAGAUUGUUGGUCAGUUCAGAGACAAAGCUCAGCAGGGAGCCAGAAGCAGCAGCUCAGAGCUACAAGAGUCCAAACCAGGAGAAAUUCUCUGUGACGUCUGCACUGGAACCAAACUGAAGGCCCUGAAGUCCUGGAAAGAUGUGGCUCAGCUGGAUGAGACUCUCAGUGAAGAGAUGAAGAAGUUGGUUCAAACUGAGCUGAAGAGAGACCAGCAGUAUGCUGUGGAUGUAACUCUUGAUCCUGAUACAGCACAUCCUAAUCUCAUCCUGUCUAAAGGUGGGAGACAAGUUUAUCUUGGUGAUGUGACAAAGAAUCUACCAGACAACCCAGAGAGAUUCUCUUCUUGUGUUUACGUUUUAGGAAAGCAGAGUUUCUCUUCAGGCAGAUUUUACUUUGAGGUUCAGGUUAAAGGAAAGACUCGUUGGGAUUUAGGAGUGGUGCCAGAGUCCAUCAACAGGAAGGGAGAAAUCACAGUAAGUCCUGAGAAAGGUUUCUGGACUAUAUGGUUGAGAAAUGGAAAUUAAUAUGAAGCCCUUGAUGACCCUUCAGUCCGUCUUUCUCUGAAGUGUCGUCCUGAGAAGGUGAGGGUGUUUGUGGAUUAUGAGGAGGGUCUGGUCUCCUUUUAUGACGUUGGUGCUGCAGCUCUGAUCUACUCCUUUACAGACUGCUCCUUCACUGAGAAACUCUUCCCCGUCUUGGGUCCUUGUCUUAUUGAAGGAGGUAAAAACUCUGCACCUCUGAUCAUCUCUCCUGCUGAGUUCUCAGAGCGCAGCACGGAGCAGCACUACCGGACAGCUGGAGUCACCAGACCAAGGAGUUCCCACGAUCAGUCUAUUGAAGCUGGUAUUUCACAACAGCCCUGUGACUCAGAGGGAAGAAACGAGCUGCAGUUAGAGGAGGAGCCACAGCUGAGGGAGGAGAGCUUCAGCAUCACUCUGAAGAAAUGA